AUGGAGGAAGAAGGAGGCAGGAGCUCAGUUGUGACGGGCAUAAAGAUUGCCACGUACUUUGGCCUGUUGAUCAGGCAGGGAAGGUUACCCGAAGGAGGAUGGCAGACGGCGUCUCAGCUGGAACUACAUCCUCUAGAACCUGUUCAGAGCACCAGCACAGCUACAAUGUUGCUGGCGCAGAAACACCGGCGGCUGGUCUUGAAAAGCCAAGGGGUGGCACCGGGCCGCUGGUGGGGAGGAGGUCGAGGAAAAGGUUAUGGAGGCCAGGAGAAGGGGAAGAAAGGAGAUCCCGGGAAAGGCCGGGGAAAAGGCAAAGGCAAAGGAGGGAAGGAGAGCAGCUGGGGAAACAAAGGAGAGAGCAACCCAUGGAAGGAGAACAAAGAAGAGGCCGUGCCAUCUGCAGUGGUAACCUGGAAAGGUACAGCAAUCUUUAAGCAGGUCCUGGGCCGGUGCACUACUCUUGAUGAGGUUGGAAGAGCUCUGGCCUGGGUCCUGUUUAACUGUCCAGGUGAGGGUAUUACAGAUGCUGCAGUUAGGUCGGUUAGUAUGGUGGUGCGAGGCCGGCAGAAAGCCGUAGUUGCCAUGCACCGGGGUCCUGGCAAACACCAUCGAUCCCUGUUUCCAAUGCCCCUUGGGACUUUGUCGCAUGUGAGAGAACAGGUUCAGCGUUGUGGGCUGGAUGAAUUCAGCGACCCGCAUUUUGCGGGAAUUGCAGGAACACAGGUUUGGCAGGCGCUUUCAUUGGGAGCUUUGAAUGGGUUGGCUGGUUUUGACCGUGCCCCCAGUGGAGGAAGGGGGACAGAAAGACAGAAGAAGGCGGUGGAGAAUUUAGGGCAUAUGGUGCAACAUGCGCUGAAACAGCCCUUUGUGCUGGACCGGAGCGCUGCGGCAGCAGAAAAAGAACUGAGUGGGCGGUUUUUGACUUACACGGGAGAGGAAGUCCCAAAGAUGCAAGUUCUAGGUAAAGAACAAGUGGAAGUUGCCCAGGGAGCAUCAAGUGAGACGAUGCUGGAGUCAGCAUGGGAUCGGCAGGGAGUGGUCUCAUCGGCUAAAAAGAAAGUGGUGGCAAGCAUGAAGACACAAGAGCUGGGGGCAGAGUUGGACGGUGGAGCUGUAGGGCGCAGUGAUGAGCUGACUACGGAAGGUGCUACCUUUGCUAGCAUGGAUUGGAAAGAGCAUCCCAAGAUGCGAUCUGGAGAUGGGUACUACUAUGCAGUUAGCCGUUUGGCACCAAUUUUGGAAGUGGUGAAUACUGAGUUUGAGCUGGACACAGAGAUUGCAGAGUGGAUUCAACAGGAGUUUGAGGCUUUCAUGCCUUACUACGUACAGGUGAGCUGCUUCAGGACGCUUUUCAAGAAGAUCUUGUCCGAACUGCAGGUGGAAGACUUGGGUUUCAGACCGUACUCGCUUAGGCGGGGCGGACAAGCGUAUGAGAUCCCCGAGAAGGUGAUUCUUAUUUGUUUUGAUCCUGCUUUGGAUCAGGCCGAGCCUUUCCUCCCUUUUAAAAGGGGGUGGCUGGUGUGUCAUGCUCUGCUUUGA